GGGUCUAGUUCCAAUCUCUCUAGCCCCCAAAACCUUACCACAGUGCGUAUGCAACACAAUUUUCUCACUCUCAAACACAAACCCACAUAUGAAUUUGAUACAAAAAUCUCUAUUCUCAAUCCUAAAAGCCAUAUCCACCCAACACUUUGCAUCCCAUAGUCACAACCUUCAGCAACACAGAACCAUAGUAAAAGUCCGUUUAAAAUGGGUGAAAAACAGAGGUUUGGACCACAUAAUCGAUGUUCAAACGGAUCUUAAAGCAGCUUGUUUAUUAAAAGAAGCUAUUGUGCGUUCACCAGUUGGUUAUCUAACUGCUAAGUCACUUGCUGACUCACAAAAAAUUCUUGGACUUACAGUUCCUACACUUAGGUUUAUUAGAAGAUACCCAACUCUUUUUGAAGAGUUUCCUCACCCAAAGUAUCCUUCUUUGCCUUGUUUUAAACUUACCCAUAUUGCUAGAAUUCUUCAUGAUCAAGAAUUGAAGCUCUUUGAUGAUAACCAGACUGAUUUGGUUCAAAGACUUUCCAAACUUCUUAUGAUGACAACUAACAGAAUGGUUGCGCUGCAGUCGUUACAUCCUUUGAAGUGGGAUUUAGGAUUGCCCGAUGAUUUUGAUAAGAAUUUAAUUAAGAAAUUUCCUGAUCAUUUUAGGAUAGUUAAGGGAACGAAUGGAUUGGCUUGCUUAAAGCUUGUUCAAUGGCCAGAAGAAUAUGCUGUCUCCGAGUUGCAAAAGAUGAAUGAGAUGGGCACAAUAGACGAUGGCAGCCCUCCUGGGUAUAGAGAAUUUAAAAGGGGCAAAGCUGCAUUAGAAUUCCCAAUGAGUUUCCCAAGGGGAUAUGGGGCACAGAAGAAGGUCAAGGCGUGGAUGGAUGAGUUUCAGAAGCUACCUUACAUCUCACCUUAUGAGGAUUCAAGGGGAAUUGACCCCGAUAGUGAUCUUAUGGAAAAGAGAAUAGUUGGGGUUUUACAUGAGUUUCUAAGCUUGACACUAUACAAGAAAACAAAGAGAAAUUACUUGAGGAGCUUGAGAGAGGAACUAAAUCUUCCACAUAGAUUUACUCGACUAUUUACAAGGUAUCCAGGAAUAUUUUACCUCUCAUUGAAGUGCAAGACAACGACUGUGGCGUUGAGAGAGGGGUACCGUCGUGGAAGACUUGUAAAUCCGCAUCCUCUGACUCGCCACAGGGAUAAGUUUCAUCAUGUUAUGAGGACUGGGUUAAUUUAUCGAAGCAAAGGAAUAGACAUUUUGCCGCAGCUGGACAAUGUAGUUGAUGAAGAGGAUACGGGAGAAGAAGAGAGUGAUGAAGAAGAGAUAGAAAUGAAUGAUGAAUGCUACGAAGAUGGAUCUUCAGAUGCAGACACAGGUGGUGAUGAAGGCUAGCAUCCCCUGAACAGAGGCAAUUUAUUUCUCGGAAAUAAUACAGAGAGGAAAAGCUCUUGAGGAGCAAGCAUUUUAUGUUAAUCUUGGCACCCUAUUAAGUGGAAUAGGAUGCAAAAGUAUCCCACAAUCACAGAAGAAGUGGAACUGUUGACUACAAGUGGUAUAAUGUUGGGCCUUAAGAUUCCGUUUCUCAUCCAUGCAAAUCUGUUCCAAAAGCUGUUGUCUAUUAUUUCUUCACUGGAAGAAGGGGGAAAUCCAGAAUAGUCCUGUGCAGGAACUUUAGACAAGUUGAUGUGCUUAAUGAACUGUCAGCUUUCUCCUUUCUGGUAGACAGAUUUGACAAGAUAUCGAAAUAAAGUUCCAUGUAAAAGAAUAGCAUGAGGUUGACUUGUGCACAACAUGACAGAGCCUUGGUAAUUUGCUGCAUGUGGGUGCAAAUAUCUAAUGCUUUGUGCUGUGCACCCAAAGGCUAUGCCAAAAAAUGCUAAGUGAUACCUUCUAUGCACCUAGUAUCUCUGGUACUUGUGUUGAUGGGGAUAGCAGACAUCCAACGGAAUAGUCGCGGUGCAAGUAAAUUGACUUAAUCAAUGAAAAUAUUUAAUGCUAUGUUCAAUGUGUCAGAUAUGUACAAGACUGCUGCAAUGUCUAAUGAGGCUUGAGUAAACUACCACUUGUCUACUUGAACUAAAAAAUUUGUGCGAGCAAGGGGUUUGUCUAGGGUUGUGGUGGAUUACUGAUACAAAAGGUCACAUUUGACCUGUGUAUGUCAUUGGUGAACACAGUAAGCAUGUAUUGGUUGGCCCAUUGAUAAUUUAUGGACAUAGUGCCCCAAAAGAUAAUGCAAAGUGAAUAAAUCUCAACAACCUUUUGCUUAUCUUGUUAGGAAUCUAUAUAAGCUGAAGGCUAGAAAAUACAGACACACAAGGCUGUGCAUCUUUGCCUUUGUAUAUAUGCAUAGGCCUGUAUUACUCUGUUUUAAUAUCUUUCAUUUGAUGGUGCUCGAGUAUAUAACAAAGUAUAGUAUAUGUAUAGGCCAAAAUCUGCAAGGAUAUUUAGCGUAAUACGGCAUUAAGGAAAGAAUCGGUCGAGGUCGACCAGGAAGCAGCAAGAUUCAUGGCCGAGGU